AUGAUUACUCAGCAAGAAAUUACAGAUUUAGAAGGAAGAUUAAAAAAUGAUAUAAAUUUAGCAAAAAGCGAGUUAAAAAACGACAUCAAAUCCGAAUUAAAAAAUGAACUAAAAACUCAGAUAAAAGAAGAACUUAAAGAAGAGUUAAAAGAAGAUAUAAAAAUCGAAAUAAUCGCAAAUUUAAACGCCGAUAUUAAAAAAGACAUCAAAAUUUACUUCGACCAAUUAAAAUUGAAUAUGGAAGAUGUUUUGGAUAAAAUUGAAUCAGAUGCACACGACAAAUUCAUGGAUAUAGUCGACGAAAACGUUAAAGCAGUGGUAGAUGGAGCUAAAAUGGCCCUAAAUAAUACGAUGAAAAAUGUACAAGUUGCUACAGUUCCAACGAGCGGAUCAGAUAAAAUUUUCAUCGACUUAUUUUAUAAAAAUGUGACUAACUUUGAGCAAAAAAAUCGAUUUUUCCCCCACAAAUUCCUAGCUCAAUUUACAACACCGUCUGUAACUCAAAAUAUCGAUCCAGAUAAUCGAAGAAUGCUUCUAGCUUCCUGUGUGAAAAUCGAAUCGACUGCCUGGAAUGAAAAAGUCCAAAAAGCAAAGACUUUCGAAGAGCUCCAGGAAUAUUUCUUAGAUAUAUUUUGGGACGACAAUGUAAAAAGUGCAGCUGUAGCGGCCUUUGAGAAGGAAAUCCCGAAGCAUAUUGUUAAAAUUAUCGACUUUAUCGAAUAUAUUUCCAAUUGGUACGACACCUUGUUAAAAACCGAUACUAGAGAAAAAUUGAUUAUCUCCAAGGUGUAUAAAAAAUUCCCUAAGUGCAUAAAAGAGCACACGAACAGCGAAGGAUUGGUCAAUAAAGAGUCACUCAUGGCUAAAUUGGAGACUGUCAAAAACAUGGACACAGAUGACAUGACCAUAAUCUGGGAUCAGGAAGAAGAUCAGUCCAAAAUAAAUAUUAAUUAUCGUUACCAUGACAGAGACAACUAUCGACGAAAUAAUUAUGAAAGAAGAGAUUAUCGUCGAGAAGAACCGUAUAACAGAGACCGUAGAUACCAAGACAAUAGGGAAGAAAGAAGUAAAAAUUACGAAGAUAGAAGUAGAAAUUAUGACCACCAAGAAGAUAGACAGCAAAAUCAAGAAGAAGAUAGAAAUCCAAGAUAUCUGGGAAGAAACUACGAUCCCAACUACCGUAGAAAUCGAUAUAGACAAUAUGACCAGCGUGAACCUCAAGGAAACCCCCCACCCCCUCGAAACGAUAAGCCAGAGGGGCAGAAAACUGACCCAAAAAACGCCAAAUGA